UCUGCCGAGCACGGGCGGAAUGGUUCCGCUGGGGGCGUGGCCAGAUCGGUGUCGGGGGCGUGGUCUUGGGGCAUGGUUCGUGGGAGGCAGCUAUUGUGCUGCGCUCGGUAGUGCGGGAGGGGUGAUAGCCGGGUGGAAGAGUUUGGGAAUAUAAGGGCGGGGUCAUUGUGCAUUGUACUUUGGUCCGCGUCACUUCGAGUCUUCGACCAACUACCAACUAUCAACUGCCAUGACGGGAAAGCUGCCUACUUUCGACGAGUUGCCGCAUUACAAGGACUUUGCGGGGUGUGCUUGGGGCGUUUGGGGGAAGGAGGACCAGCUUGGGACGGUUAACAUCUUGACGGAGGAUGUGGUGAAGCGCGCGACGACGGAGGAGAUCAAGACAGGAAAGACGGUCUCGUUGAACUGGCCCGUGAACUUUCCGGAAGGCCCCCUGUUCAAGCGCAAGACGCCUGAGAUCACUCAGAAGGAGCUCGGUGGCCUGUCGGUAUGCCGCGACGAUGAGAUCAACAUCAACACCCAAUCCGGUUCGCAAUGGGACGGCAUGAAGCACUUUGGUAUCUUUGACGGGAUGGUUUACUAUAAUGGCGUCAAGGGCUCCGACCUCCCGUCCGGACCCCUUCACAUCCCCGACCCGCAGCACAUUGACCCCAAGCUGAAGCUGCUCGGCGUGCAGAACUGGGCCGAACACGGCAUCUGCGGGCGCGGCGUCCUUCUCGACCUCGUGCGCUUCUACACCGAGGGCGGAAAGCCACUGCCCUACGAUCCCUGGACCGCGCACCCCAUCCCGCUCGCCGACCUCGAGGCGUGUGCAAAGAAGCAGGGCGUGACGUUCCGGGAGGGCGACAUCUUGCUCCUGAGGGUCGGCUUCAUCAAGAAGUGGAACGAGAGCUCGUUGGAGGCGCUGGAUGCGUUGAGUAAGAGGGAGGAGACUUUUGCCGGAAUCGAGCAGUCCGAAGACAUGAAGCGGUUCUUGUGGAAUAACCACUUUGCGGCCAUCGCCUCCGACCAGCCGUCCCUCGAGCGCUGGCCCACGCCGGAAGGCGUCCCACAUCUGCACCAGACGAUUCUUGGCCUCUGGGGUAUGCCUCUGGGCGAGAUGUUCGACCUCGAGAAGCUCUCGGACGAGUGCGCGAAGGCGAAGCGGUGGACGUUCUUCUUCAGCUCGUGGCCGUUGAAUAUUAUUGGCGGAGUCGCUAGUCCUCCGAAUGCUGCAGCUUAUUUCUGAGGGUGAUGCGGUCGAAAGACGAGUCUUGCGAGUCUUCGGAAGCAUAGUAGUACUGGCUGACUCAAUUUAUCCUCACAUUCCAUGUACACGUACGAACACAGCACCAGUACCCACCCGCGUGAUUCGGCGAUUCGUGCCAUCUAUCCACUCUACAUUUUAGUUGGUUCGCGCUCAGCGAGGCGUUCGCCCGAAUGUCAUAGCGAAGCGUUCGCCACAGAUGGCAC